CUGGCGACCAAGGAAGGCAGCGCUCCGAUGCUCCGAGGUCUGUUGCUCAGACACCACCCCGAGUCGAAGACUGUCCGCCCGCACAUAACUCGGUCAGUGAAGUCCAGAUGCAUGAGUCUGGGUCAGAACCAACAAGCCACAUCAUUCCAGCAAAUCAGACCGAGAACGGGAAUAAUACUGAGAAUGAGAGUCGACUGAGGAGCAGCCAGACUCCUCCUCCAGAGGCACCCAGGGUUCCAGUGUCGUUAUCCAUGAUGACCCCACCAGCAGAGGCCCCACAGCAGUUGCAACAGACAUCACAGCAGCAGGUCCUCAGUCCUCAGCAGCUCCAAGCGCUGCUCCAGCAGCAGAAAGCACUCAUGUUACACCAGCAACAAAUUCAAGAGGUCUUCAAGAAUCAGCAAGAGCAGCUAAAUAUCCAGCUGCUGCAGCAGAAGAAUGCUGGGAUUGUUAGCCAAGAGCUGACAGCCCAGCAGAUUGCCAUCCAGCAGCAGCUCCUUCAGGUGCAGCAGCAACAUCUCCUCAACCUGCAGAGACAAGGCCUGCUGUCGGUCCUUCCCACCAGCCCCAUCGCAAUCCCAGGCUGUGAGAAUGGUAGCAUCCUGUCCACUGGUGGAGACACUAGAGAGUCUUCCAGUCAACAAUCCACCACCAACGGUCAUCACACUCUCCUGAAGAGGAAAGAAAGCGGGUCACAGGAUGAAAACACACAGAACAGCCAUGCACUGUAUGGAAACGGCAUGUGCAAAUGGCCUGGCUGUGAGACUGUCUUUGGAGACUUCCAGGCAUUUCUCAAACAUUUGAACAGUGAACACAUACUGGAUGACAAGAGCACAGCACAGUGUCGCGUGCAGAUGCAAGUGGUACAGCAGCUGGAGCUGCAGUUGAAAAAGGACAAAGAGCGACUGCAAGCUAUGAUGGCUCAUCUGAAGUCCUCUGAACCCAAACCCGCAGCGCAGCCUGUAAAUCUGGUGUCUAAUGUAUCCUUCUCCCAGGCAACAUUGCCCAAAGGCCCUCCUCCAAUGAGUCUAUCUCAGAGUGCCACGGCACCAUCCACACCCCUGACGCCGCUCUCUGAAUCCCCUUCAGUCCUCACUCCCAAUAGCAUGUUCACUGGAACUCCCGUGAGGAGGCGGUAUAGCCGCUCUGUGAGCCAAGGUAACGAUAUAGUUGAUAAUAAGGAGUUCUACUUGAGCACAGAAGUCAGACCUCCGUUUACAUAUGCGUCGCUCAUAAGACAGGCUAUAUUUGAAUCACCUCGCAAUCAGCUGACAUUAAAUGAAAUCUACAACUGGUUCACAAGAAACUUUGCAUACUUCAGGCGCAAUGCAGCUACCUGGAAGAAUGCUGUUAGGCAUAAUCUCAGCCUCCAUAAAUGCUUUGUACGUCUGGAAAAUGUGAAGGGAGCUGUGUGGACAGUAGAUGAGAUCGAGUUCCACAGGAGAAGGCCCCAGAAGACUGCUGGUAACGGAUCUCUGCUGAAGAACUCACAGAACCAUCAGAACGCGGCUGGGUCUGCGCCUCAGAGUGGUGGUCUGGACUGUCUCUACAACGCAGCCUCUAUUGGCAGCAUCCCGUUUCACUCCCUGCCUCAUGUUCUCCAAGAGCAGAUGAACGGAGCGCUGGCUAAUGGAUCUGGAUACCAAAGUGACAGCAGUGCAACACAGUCCCCCCCACAAGCUUUCAUUAAAGAGGAGCAAGAGGAUGAGGAGAUAUGUGAAGGUUACCCCUAUGAAUCCCCAGAGAGCACAGACGAGCACGGCCACAGCCCAGAGAUGAACCACGAUGAAGACAGCCCGGAGAGGCCCAAUCUCCAUUUCGAUCGUGUGCCUUCUCUCUGACUGUGAGGUCCAAACUUGCCACCACAAGGCCGCCUCACUCACAGCCCUUGUGACUUUGUACUCCAAAAUUUUCCAAAAAAACACAACUGCUUCAUCUACAUAACCAAACACUCUCCUUGGGGAAAUUUUUAUCAGCAUUUUUUUUUAAUCUAGCUCAAUUCUUUCUGUACAGUAGAGUGAGAUCACAAAUGUCUGUUCAUGAUUUUUUCUUAUUUUAUAUAUGUGUGUACACAAAAGGACCAUGAUGAGCAGAGAAGCCAAAGGAAAGGGAAAAUUGAUAGUUAGCACUUCACAAUGAAAAGUUUCCCCCCCUCUGUAUAGCUACUUUAUGCUACGCUGGGGCCACACUACCUGAUUUUAUUUUAGUAGUCAUAAUAUAUUAAGAUUUGUAGAGGAAGUUAAAAAAUAUUGCUUUAAAAAUGGAGAUGUUCACUGCCAACAUGAUCUGAUAUAUUUGUAUUUAAGGUAUAAUCAACUGAUGAAAAGAAUACGUAGCUUCUUUAUACUUGUUGGUCUUUUUCACCCCUUCCACGAACAUUGCUAAAAAAUUGCUCUAACUGAGCUUGUAAGAGUAGAUAAUAUAGAUUUACCAUUAUUGUAAACCAAUGCAUCUCUAUGAAUAAUAAAUCCCUCAUGAAAAAUGUG